AUGCCUCCAGGUACAGACGCCAACAACACAUUACGCGUGGCAUAUGUUGACCACCCCGAGUGGUUUCAGCCUCAGCACUCCCCGGCGUCUUCACGAGAAGAGCUUCGCAUCGCCCAGGCCAAUCUGAAGAAUAGUCUUGGCCGACUGAUUUCUCUAGCUGAUAUUCUUCAGACUGAAGUCUGGGAUGUCAUCGCCAUCCAGGACCCCUCUCUGCAUCUGGCAUACAAAAGGAUCCCCGGAUACCAGGUGUGGUUCUCUACAGACCGACAACUCACAGAGGAUGACAAUCCGUACUUCAAGACAAGAGGCAAGAGUAAAGCAAGUCGAGCCAAAGCGAAAAAGGCCAAAGCGAAAAAGGCUAAGAUAGGACUCGUGGCAUUCUACGUCGGCACACAUGUUUUGAAGAGGUGGAGGGUCACAAGGCAUCAGGGAACGAAUUAUGAUCUAGUCGCGACACUCAUGCUCCCAACAGACGCUGGGAUAAUGCAGAUCAGCAAUGUAUACAAUCAGUACGGCAACCUGGAUCUCGACCUGUUUUCUCUGCAGUGCAUGGGCCAAUCCUUGACUGUCAUCCUCGGCGAUUUCAACAUUCCUCAUCCCGAUUCGCCCAAAGCCACUCCGGUCUCUCGAAGGUUGAAGCAACUCGCUCAAGGAGCGAGCCUGCGUUGCCUGACGCCAGCGAGGGAAAUCACCUACUCGCGUUCAGCUUCCCUGCGCUACUCCUCCACCAUCGAUCUCUGCUUCGUGAGCUGGGAUCUCGCGCAGAGACUCCCGGACACGGCCGCUGCCUGCCAAGUCUUGUCUCUCGCCGGUUUCAGGUCAGACCACCGCAUCGUCCAGACGACCCUCAACGUGGAGCCGAUCCUGUCGGAUGAGAUGCACUACAUUUGGAGAUCCGUGAACCAGGACAGGUUUCGAGAGGCGAUGAGAAUCGCAUUGCAACCGCUGGAGGAUUAUCCACUCGACAGCAAGGAGCAGAUUGACUGCCACAUUGCGAAGCUUCUGGAGAUCAUGCUGUCCGUGGUCAAUGACCACGUCAAGCGGAGGGGCCCGCAACACUGGGUCCGACCCAAGUCUGUCCCAGACACGCUGGUUCAACUUCUCGCUGAUGAGAGUGAGCUGUACAACAAGUUUUGCGACACGGGCGAGGAUGGCGACGAGGAAGCUUGGGAGGAAGCAUAUGCAAAAGCCAUAAACUACUCCCAGUGCCUCAAAAAGACCAAGUUCCGCGCCGCUGCGGCAGGCAAAGAGGGUGAAAAGUCGGUCCACGGACGCGUGAGGCGAGCCAAACGGAUGGACAUGCCCCAUCAGGUGCCCUGCCUCAGCAACGUCCGCGUGGGCGACAAAUACAUCAUGGAUCCGGAAGAGCAGGCCAGGGCCUUUGCCGAAGCAAUCUGGCCCGUCGUCUGCCCUGUCACGGAGCGAGACCAAGCCAUGCCUGACUCUUUAGCUGGAAGUUAG